AGGGAAGGAAAGCGAGGAAAGAGUCAAUGGAAUGGAGGGAGGAAGAGGAGAGGUCCCCGACUUCCCUCCCCUAUUCCUUCCUGCGCAGGAAGGUUGCCGAGGUUUCCAGGCCUAGGAAUUCGUGCUUCCAUUGUGACUGCGCUGGGUUGAGCGCGCAUCCCCUCCCCCACCCCCACAGUCCUUGAUGAUGCGUCUUCCUUCUCACUGUCGCCUUCUGCGAUCGAUCCCAUGCUCCUCCAUACCCCAACAUCGCCGCGACUCUGCUGUCCCAGUUGUUACCGUCCCUAAUUUACGUCGUAUUCAUUCGCUGUCCUCUUGCUGUUUAUUCUGCCUCCUGGAUUACACCUGCUGGAGGAGUGGCGUGUGAUAGGGCAUUUCAGUGUUGGUUUCGAGAUUCUUGGAUGUUGGCAAGGGUUGGAAGUUGAUCGGGGGUCGUCGUUGUGAGAGCUUGUUAUUGGAUUUCGAAUUAUUCGCUGACUGGGGUGGUGGUUUCGAAUUCAAGCGUAAUUUUGAUAGUCCCUUGGGUUGGAUUGUGAGAACAGGAUGUUUUUGGGCAGUGGUAGAGUUAUUUUUGCAUCCUGAUUGUCUCUGGCUUCCGGGGCUACGUGUAUGUGCCGUAAUUGGCACUGCUGAUUCAUCGUCGUUAUCCGUUGAGUAUCCAUAGCUCUUGGUAUCUUGCAGCUGAUUGAGUUGCUGUUGUGGAAACAAACGUUUUUUCGGGGGUUUGUGUUAGGAAGAUGAACACGAGGAAGAGAUACAUUUUGGCUGGAGAGAAUUGAGCAGUAUAUAUGGCCACCGACAUGUAAUUCUCUGGAAUGUUUUUGGGGAGGACGUUCUGGUGCGGUUGAUAAACAGGAUUUUACAGAGAGGAAUCGAGGCUUCUCCACAUGAAAGGCUUGCAAGUAGGAGUUGUCACCACGUGAGGUUGAAGUUCAUGGCAGUAAAGGUAAGGGUAGCGUUGCAGCCAUCCGAUAGCAGCAACUGUUCCAGUUUGGAGGACUGGUAAUGUUAAAUAUGGAGACCUACGAGCCGCUGGAGGGUUCGUCCUGUCCAUCCUCCCCAUCUUUGCCCCGUAUGAAAAGGAAGGGGUGUGGAGGUUGUAGCAGCAUUCCAGUCGCACGGUGGCUGAGCAAUUCCUUGAAGGAGAAGCGGAACGGUUUAAUGAGACGUAAUUCGGGUGAGCAUGGACGGAGUUGGAAUCGAGGUCGAGAGGUUGAGAUGAAAAUAGAUUCCAGUAUAGGGACCGACAGGGAAGGUUGCAGAGGAACUCCUGGCUAUUCUGGUUGGAUUUAUCACGUCGGAACGAGCUCAUUAGGUUACCCGUUCUGCAUCGAUCGGUUUUUGGUUAUCAAGGGAAAAUAUGUGACCAUGUUCAAGCGCAACCCUGUUUUGUUUCCCCGAACUGUGCCUAUCAGAAGCGGGAUAGCAGGAACCCAUUUGAUGGUAGAGGCAUUGGGUCGUCGAAUUUUUCAUGGAAGGGCAUUGUAUGUUUUGCGGAUCUUCAAUCGCUUGGAUCAUAGCAGGCAAGGAGAGUUAGCAUGCAAUACCUCCGAAGAAGUCGACAAAUUGAUAUGUGCUUUUAAAGAUGCUAUGGAAGAGGCUCAGUCCUCUAGUGAGCGAAUUGGCAGCGGGCGCCGAAUCGCUCAUACUGACGAAGAAUUCGAUAUAAACGAGCCACGCACGCAUUCAAAAUCGGUCACAAGAGGCAUCGGGAAGCUUAUGACACUUAGCAGGGGCCCAAGUUCGCAAUCGAGAAGGUCGUCGAUAAUUUCGUCGCAGGAGCCUGUUUCAUGUGUAUGUAAUGAUUAUCAAGAGGGAGAAACGUUUGAACAGGCAGGCUGGAGAUCCUUCUGUACAGUAAAUGGUCUCCGAAUUUUCAAAGAUACCACAGCCUCUAAGGCAGGGAAGGGCUCAAAAAUGAAGGCUGUUGGCGUUAUUGAAGCCUCCACUGAUGCCAUAUUUGAGCAGAUUAUGAGCUUGAACUGUGCUCUUCGAUACCAAUGGGAUAUACUGACCGGCAAUUUGGAGCUUGUUGAGCGAAUUGAUGGGAAUGCGGACAUUGUCUAUGGUGCGUUUGAUCCCAGGUAUGUCAGGAGGUUUCAUGGUAAACGGGACUUCCUUUUCUCACGACGUUGGCGACGCGACCAGGAUGGAUCAUAUUCAAUUACACAGGUUUCAACCACGCACGAAAGUCGGCCAGACAAACCAUGCUUCCAACGGAUUGAUUUGAGUCCGGGUAUUUGGGAGAUCAUACCUUUACCACCUCGGCCUGGUUCGGGAACUCCUCGAUCAUUGGUUACGCAAGUUAUUGAAGCAAAGCCCACGGGAUGGAGCCGAUGGAAGCGACGUCAUUACUCGAACUUUCACAAGACUAUUCCUUGCAUUUUGCUCUGCCGCAUUGCAGGCCUGAGAGAGCUUCUUGAAGCAAGUCCCGAGCUUAUUGUUGUGGAAGCUCAAGAUGGAGAAAGAGUGAGCAAAGUGGUGAAAAAGAUGUUAGAAACAGCUCACCCAUUGCCGGAAGUAACAUCCCCGACCUUGAUGAAAUCCUCUGAGGAAUUAUCUGUGCUCGAGGCACAGGAAGAGUUUUAUGAUGCAAUUAUGUUUGAUGAUGAAGAGGAAAAUGAAGGAGAAGAGAAUGGGCUGGUUAAUAAGAAUCAGACCUCAUACCUGGAGUGUGAGGGACCUUGGGGUGUUGUGCUCAGUUUACCCUCUAAAAUGGUUUCAGCACCUAGAGCUGGCCGAGAGCUUGACUGGAAUAUACUGCCUUACGAACUAGAUCCUAAUACCUUCUAUUCAUCAUUGAGAAGAACCACUAGUGAUGAAGACUGUGAUGGAUGGUCUUCUCCUGGAGACGGCGGAUUCAUGGUUCGUAGUGAGACUUACAAUGAGAACAAUCUCAAGAUAUCAGGUGGAGAUCCGCUUUUGAAACUAGUGGCUGUGGAUUGGCUUAAGUCAGAUCAAAAGAUCGACCAGAUUGCUCUGCACUCAAGCUGCUGCGUGCAGUCAGCAGUAGGGAGGAAAGCACCUUUUAUUCUUGUAAUCAACCUACAGGUUUGUGCCAAGCCUAAAUUUAGCUUGGUGUUGUAUUUUGUCGCUGACAAGCCAAUCCAACCAGGAUCAUUGCUUGAUCAAUUUGCUAACGGACACGACGCAUUUAGAAAUUCUCGGUUUAAGCUCAUCCCAAAUAUUGUCGAGGGUUAUUGGAUGGUGAAGCGUGCUGUUGGUACAAAAGCAUGCCUACUGGGCAAAGCUGUCACUUGUAAUUACUUGCGUAGAGAUAAUUUUCUUGAGAUUGACGUAGAUAUUGGUUCGUCAUCAGUUGCACGGAGUGUAGUGGGCUUGGCUCUGGGUUAUGUUACAAGUGUCAUAGUGGAUCUUGCGAUUUUGAUCGAGGCAAAGCAUGCGCAUGAGCUUCCAGAAUAUCUAUUAGGAACUGUAAGGAUAAAUCGAAUAAAGGUCGACUCAGCGGUUCAAUUUGAGGGAGAUGCUCAGGGAAGCUCAGGUUAUCAGCAUCACCAAAGAUAGGAUUUACAAAGAACACAUCUAUUAGACCAUGUAGGUUUCUGUACCAUAGUCUAUUUUCAUUGGGGAACCAGUUUUUGGGUAGCUCUGUUUUCAAAGCAUGAUCUGAUUUGGGGCUCCUAGAUCUUGUACGUGAUCUGGAAGCAUCUUCCUGAUAUCCAUAUGCCACUCUUUGGCAUGGUGUUGGUGCAUGACCAGCUUGUUAUAAACACAACACAAUUCACUUUCCUCCUAGAAUGUUGCAGGGUUUCUUAGAGCAUGCCCAGCAGCAACUUGUCACACAGGUACAGGUUAUUUGAAGCUGGCGAGCCAUUUGAGGGACAUUUUUACCAUUGGUGCAUGACCAGCUUGUCGUUAACAGUUAAUUGACCCAGCAGCACCCACAUGUUUGGGUUGGUUGAAGUUGGAACUUUUUUAGUCAAGGUACAAUCCAGGUAUCCCAUGUUGAAUUAGACCAUGAUAUUAUUAAUAGUCUUUUUGUUUAAUCAAAUUCCGUGCAGGUUUAGAGAAAGAUGAUCUGAGGCUCUUGUAAAUGGCAUCGCAUUAGUAUAUCCAUUAUUAUGUUA